UUCCACAGAAAUAUUAUGCUGGCACUUCAUCCUGUUCACCUCCUUUUUUCUCUCACAGAUCUAUUACUCUCAGUAACAUAAUCGUCUUCCUCAACCAAAAAUGGCAUGGCCUUUCUCUGAUUUUACCCAAGAAAUCUGCACUUCUGACGCAAGGAGCUUCUAUGUAUGGCUGCUUCAAAUCUUCUCUCUCUUGGCCAUCCUCGCAUUUUGCAUAUGGCUGAGUCUACGUCCCAAUCACCCUUCCUUCACGGUGGUGAACCUCUCCGUUCCGACCUCGAACAACAUUCAGAACGGCUCGACUUCGUUGACCUACGAGCUCGACAUUCAGAAUCCGAAUAAGGACUCCGGAGUCUACUACGACGACAUCCUCAUGUCGUUCUUUUUCGGGCAAGAUGCGAUUGCCGACGACGUGAUAACUUCGUUCUUCCAAGGGAAGGACAACACUCUUCGUGUGAGACACGACGCGGCGGCAAAGGAUUUGCGGAUCUGGAGUGACGUUGGUCGUGCGGUGGCGAACGCGACGGCCAAGUUGAAGGUGAGUCUAGCAACUCGGGUUCGAUACAAAACGUGGGGUAAGAAGAGCAAACAUCAUGGGCUGAACUUCGAAGGUGUUGUGCCUCUUGGUUCUGAUGGGAAAAUUUCAGGCAAGAAGAAGAAGAAGAAGAUCAAGCUACACCAUGCUUCCCGGAAGAGGAAAGCGCUCGCGAAGCAUUACUCUGAAGUUUAUAAUUAGGGAAUUGUUUUUAUAUGCCUGUGAAUUGUAAAGGUAAUGUAGAAUGCAAUUGACAUGUGCCCCCUAAUUUGUACUUCCUUGUAGUUUCUAAUGUUUUGUUCCAGUUGCUUCCUCUUUUCGUCUGCAGAGUAUGAAGGCACAAGAUUGAA